ACCUUCUCCAUCUCCCCUCCCCUGCUGCCCGGAGACAUGAGAAUCUUUUCUUUAAUUGUUGCUGGGCUUGUUCUUCUCAUUCAACUUUACCCAGCCUGGGGCACAUUGUACAGAAGGUUCCUCUGUAAAAAGAUGAAUGGCCAAUGUGAAGCUGAGUGCUUUACCUUCGAGCAAAAGAUUGGGACCUGCCAAGCCAAUUUCCUGUGCUGCAGGAAAAGAAAGGAACACUGAACUCUCAGCACCAGCCGUGAGCAGAAUCUCAGAAGAAACUUCUCGGGACUGUCCCUCACUGGCCUCUUCUCCAGUUUUGGGCUUUGGGAAGUCAGGUCUAUUCAGUGUCUAGUAUAGUGGAAAAUGACCUCCCUGGGUCUGACCUUCUGUGGGGCUGACACUAUGUCCUGUUAACAAAGUCUACACACUCUGUUUCUGUCACAGUCUAAGGAUUGUUCCAUUCUCCCA